UAGGUGGUUUUCCGAUACAGUAAUGGCGGCAGUUUCCUGCCUAUUUCCUGUUUCGCCCCGUGAGAUAAAAUGGAUUUAACCGUUUCCGUAGCUCUGUUAGAACAAUGUGUAUCAUCUUUCUAAGUGAAGACAUGAAACUUUUCUACUUAUGAAUGCAUCGAUCUCUUUGAAUGUACCAAAAAGUGAAAAGGAUAACAGGUGUUUACAGCCGGUGGCCGUCCAGCAACGAACUUGUACUUACUGAACUUUUGUGUGUUCUCCCACUGUAUAUUUUUGUUGCCUUUGAGGUGUGUCAAAACGGCGAAUUUAGUUUGCGUAAAAAAUAGAAGUACGAGAAUUAGACUGUUAGUGAAUGCCUUCGAACAACGAAAUGAACAAGAAACAGGAAGUGAAACUCCAUGCAAUGCCCUGGUUUCAUGGAAAAAUAUCAAGGGAACAAGCAGAACAUCUAUUGCAACCAAGAGAAGAUGGCCUUUUCUUGGUUCGGGAAUCAACUAAUUAUCCUGGGGACUACACUUUAUGUGUCAGUUAUCAAGGGGAGGUUCAACACUACAGAGUCAUAUACAAAGAUAACAAACUAACUAUUGAUGAAGAGGAGUUCUUUUCUACUUUGGCUGAGCUUGUUGAACAUUAUGAAAAAGAUGCAGAUGGAUUAUGUACUCGUCUUGAAAGAAGUGUUGCAAAACAAGGCAAAACAGAUUUUUGUGUAGAUCGAAAGGAUUUUGAAGAAGCAGGUUGGAUCAUUCAAGAAAAGGAUCUUCAAUUAAAAGAGUCAAUAGGGAAAGGAGAAUUUGGUGAUGUAAUGCUAGGUUCUUACAAGGGAGAAAAAGUAGCUGUUAAAAUAUUGAAGGAUUCAAGCAAAGCAGCUCAAAAGUUUCUUGCCGAAGCAUCAGUAAUGACGUCUUUACGUCAUCCGAAUCUAGUUCAACUACUGGGAUUGGUCUUUAAUGAUCAACAUCAGCAUCUUUACCUGGUCACAGAGUUUAUGAGUAAAGGCAGUUUAGUUGAUUACCUUCGCUCUAGGGGCCGUUUACACGUUACGAAGCGAGACCAAAUCAAAUUCGCCUAUGACACGUGUUCAGGAAUGGAGUAUCUCGAAUCCAAAAAAGUCAUUCAUCGCGAUUUAGCCGCCCGCAAUGUUUUGGUUGCUGAAAUCGGAGAUGCAAAAGUGUGCGAUUUCGGUUUGGCUCGAGAAGAAAUCUAUAAUCAAGAGGGAGGCAAGUUCCCCAUCAAAUGGACAGCGCCAGAAGCGCUGAGACAUAGUAAAUUUUCCAACAAGUCGGAUAUGUGGAGUUUUGGCAUCCUCUUGUGGGAGAUCUAUUCAUUCGGACGAGUACCCUAUCCGCGAAUUCCCCUAGCAGAUGUGGUGAAACAUGUAGAAAAGGGUUACCGAAUGGAAAAACCGGAGGGUUGUCCACAAGAGAUACACGAUUUAAUGAGACAGGCAUGGGACCUGAACGCUGAUCGGCGACCCACGUUCAACCAAGUCAAGCAACAACUGGCACAACUCAAAGACACUCCUAAUUUUGUCUGAACCAAACUGCACUUAACCCACCGAUUCAUAUGAUACCCCACCCACCUUUCAUUUCCUUUUCAGCCUGUCGGUGGGGUUUCGUGACCAAUGACACAAUGAAAUCAAACAAAAAGUCCAUUGCGAACUCGGAGGUAUGGCAUAAGUAAUGAUAUGUUGAGUUGUUUCACGGACGUCAAUGGAAACGACUCCACCUAGUAACUGGCAGAUCCCAACCAUGGAUGAGAGGUAAAUCAAACGAGGGUUUGCGCUUCCUUCGGUCAAAUCAAGAUUUGACCACGUGCCAACCAUCAUCCUUUCAAACCCAACGGUAUUUUCGAAAAGCCUAUAUAAUUUGACACAUUCAACAUCGAAACUUACCACCCAAAGAAAAAAAUUUAGCCUCAGUGCAAGUUAAGCCAAGGCGUUUCGACGUCAUCGAAGCUUCCGAUUGCCCCAUCUUCCUCGGCCAUUCUUUGGCUUUGUUUUAACAGUUUUUUCAGUCGUCCUGAAUAUUCGAUCAAUCUGCCCUAAUAAUUUUUUUUACGAAAAUGAUACGAUUAUUGCCUGCCUUGACCGUGUUAACUGUACAUAAUCUGGUUGUGCUUGCAUCUGCUGUUUGAUUCUUUUGGAAGUUAAAUUAAUGUGUAAUACAUUUAUAUAAGCCUUUA